UCUAACUACAUAGCUCCAUACGUUAAUUUGCCACAGCAGACGAACAUUAUUCACCGGUCGGGCCAGUCCCGAAAUAUCUAUCCAGACGCCCAGCCAAUCGGGCGAAGGCCGCGAAGCUAAGGUGAGCCGCGGAAUGGAGAGGCCUGAUCGGAGCGACUCGCAUCUACCACCAGAGGAGGAAGCGAGGAGGGAGGAGGAGACGCGUGAGUAUUUCGACGGCAUAGCACCAAGGCGCCACUCGAAGCCUUCUCGGAGCGAGUACUCAUCCGUCUACGUCGAUGAUCUGAGCCCCUCCGACCGAGAUUCCAUUCCCGAAAUUGACAAGCUUCGCCAUUUGGAAGCUGAUCACGAGAAGUUGGUCUGUGAUGGGAGUGAAGUGAAGGAAGAGUAUGUGGAGACCGAAUACUAUAAGGAUCUGAAUGGCGUAGAGAAGCAGCAUCAUACGACUGGAACUGGCUUCAUCAAGAUGGAGAAAGCAAAUGAAAAUUCUUUCAACCUGACUCCAGAGUCAACUACAUCUUUCGGCCACAUUUCUGGCCAUGGGAAUCCUGCAACAAAUGAAUGGAUUCCUUCUGCUGAUGUGUUUCUCACAAGCCUAAGAGGAGUGACGUGUGAUAUUCUUGCAGACAAUGAAUUAGCUAUUAACUCUACUUUCUGCUCAUCGAAGAACAAUAUAAGCUUGCAUGUAAUAUUCUCAUAAUUGCGAGCUCACGAGCUUAUUGGAAGUCAAUAUCUAUUUUUGAAAGGUUUGUAGAAUGGCUCUGAGGUGCUUGUUUUAUUAUUUAAUUGUUCUUUUUUUAUUU